UAGUCAUUACUACCGUCUUAACCACCACCCUUCGUGCCGAUAACUAUUACCUAUCUACGUUUGUUUCACGUUGCGUAAAUACAAUUCUGUAUAGUUUAAAGUUGUGUACGUAAUACGUGGGUAUUAUACCUAUGCCGAGUGGACACUGCCACACUGGUCAGUAUUCAGUGUCCAGUGACGACGACUGACGAUCGACGUCGACGAAAAUAACACUGCACCGCGCACUCCACUCAUAAUAAACAUUAUACUCCAUAAUCACAAUAGGUUUUAUGCGUAUAUAAUUUAGUAAACACGCACAUUGGAAUACUACGACAGAACAGUACCUAACUGUUUUUGUCAUAUCUAUUGCAUCAUCAUCGUGUGUCGUGAAUCGUGAUCGUUAUUAUUGUUCGUGUUUACUGCGACGCGGUCGAUUGUUUUCGUUUUUACGUUUCACCUGUCUGAAAAAAAAAACAAACAACAACGAUUAAUUGUAUUUCGUUUUGGACACAAGUCGUAUCGACGCGUGCAGCAGUCAAAUAGUCAAUUACUAUCCGCAGUCGUCAAUCGUCGCCGACAACGCGAUCAUGGCGACCAGGAAGAAGGUUUUGUUGAAAGUGAUCAUACUGGGCGACUCGAGCGUGGGCAAGACGUCGCUGAUGAACCAGUAUGUCAACAAGAAGUUCACCAACCAGUACAAGGCGACCAUCGGCGCCGAUUUCCUGACCAAGGAGGUGAUGGUCGACGACCGGAUCGUCACGAUGCAGAUAUGGGAUACAGCUGGUCAAGAACGUUUUCAGUCAUUAGGAGUGGCAUUUUAUCGUGGUGCUGAUUGUUGUGUAUUGGUAUUUGAUGUUACAUCACCAGGAUCUUUUAAAUCUUUGGAUGGAUGGCGAGAUGAGUUUCUAAUUCAAGCAUCACCAUCUGAUCCAGAUCAUUUCCCUUUUGUGGUUCUAGGAAACAAAGUUGAUUUAGAUAAUCGAGCUGUGUCCACUAAAAGGGCUCAGCAAUGGUGCCAGAGCAAGAAUGGUUUACCAUACUUCGAAACAUCUGCUAAAGAAGCAGUCAAUGUUGAACAAGCUUUCAAAACGAUAGCACGAAAUGCAUUAGCUCAAGAAUCAGAUGUAGAGUUGUAUAAUGAAUUUCCUGAUCAAAUAAAAUUGGAUGGUGGUUCUUCAGACAACAGAUCUUCAGGUGGUGAUAAUUGUGCUUGCUAAUUAUAGUAAAUUAUUUAAUUUCCUGAAAUAUUGCUGUCUAUUAUCAACAUACUCCUUGGCUGAGUUUCUAGUAAGAGUCUCAAUGUUAUUGUCUUGAUGAGUAUAAUUAUAUUUAUUUAUAUAUAAAUUAAUGAAAAAACAACAUUAUAUAUAACGUGGAGAUAGUCUAUUAUUUAAUAUUAUUUGAAUUUAAGUUAUAAAUAUAUAUUUUAUUAUUUUUGUUUCUACUUAUAUGUAUGGUCAUAUUAUACCCUAAUAUUAUUUUUAUAAUUAUUAUUAAUUUUCAUUAAUUUGUCGACAGAAUGUUGAGUAUUUUGUUGUACUUAUAAAAUAUUAAAAUAUUUAGCUUAUUUACAAAUACUUUAGAAGAAGACAUGCAUUAUUAUGUUAAUAUGUAUGUACAUUUUCUGUAUAAAUAUUGAUACAUAUUCAUCUUAUUCCUUCGUUUAGUAUACAUUUUUACUUAUGAAAUAAACAUUUUUAUAAUGUGAAAACUUUUUUUUUUCUAUGUACCUUGUAUAGAAUUUAAAUUUGAACAAAAUCAAUUUGAUUAGUAAUAGCUAAAUAUUAUUUCUAAUUUUAUUUCUGAUUUAUCUUCAUUAAUCUUGUUAUAAUAUUAUACUAUUGCUAGCAAUAAUUGUUCAAAUUGUUUUUAUUUGUAUAUAAGUAUGUUCUUUGUUAUUUUUAUCUGUAAAUGGAAUAUUAACAAUCAAUAAUCAAACCCUUUCUGAACAGUAAUUGUGAAAUUAAGUGAUAAAUUAAAUAUUGUAAAUAUUGAGAGUUCAAUACUCAAAUAUAUGACAUAUUAAAAUA